AUGCCUGUAUAUCACUCAGUCGGAAUCAAGGCCACACUUUCUACCACUUCGCUGCAGCAAAGCCUGGAGAAGCAAUUCAUAACAACCGCCGUUGCCACUCACAAUGGAAAGAAUGCAUCUCCCAGUGGAAGGCUAGCAAUGUGGCGAGACCUCCAGGAACGGCCAAUCGACAUCAAUUGUCAUCGUAACGGAGUGAUGCAUUUCAUUGGACCGGACGGGGACAUGCCCUUUUUCAUGGUAGAAGCUGCAGAGGACCUUCACGCCACCGACCUUGCAAGCCGUCCAGCAACGGCUCCCUUCGACGCAAAACAAAGCCGACGGUCUCUGGUCAUCGAUUUGGCGACCCCAAAAGACACGCUUCGCAGAUCACGCACGUUCAACGACUCCUCUAAGGAUUUCGGUGUUUCUGGAGGUGCGAAUAGCACAAGGGAAAACGUUCUCGAAAAAACACCUGCUGUGGGACCGCGCUUGAGAGAGACUAGUAUCAACGCAUUGACACAAUCAUCGAAUUCGGAACAGAAAGAGUCAAUUGCAUCCAAAGAAUCUGCUUUGCUCCUCCGAGUGGAUAUCCAAGAGAAAGGCAGUUCUCCGAAAUGGCCUCGCGCACUGGAUAAUCACAUGCUACCUCACCUGAAGGUAGAAGUCUUCUUGCACGGAGAACUUGCUGAUGUUGUCUUCCUGAACAAGUCCAGAAACGCUGUGCAGCUUCACGAAGAUAUGCUUGUGUUCUAUGGCACCCGAGCCGCACGCCAACUUGAGAAGCCAUGGAUAUACCGUGGUAAUCACUCAAUCAAAGGGGCGGAUAUGACAGCCGCACAGCGCUGGUCUACCUAUCAAAAAGCCCUCAGUACGGAGGCAAGGCUACGAGGGACCAACAUCCAUGGUUCACCUCCGCCGAGUGCUGAAUUCCUCCAGGCUUUAUCUAUGCUUGACUUACCCAACCAUUUGCAAAGGCACGCAAACUUGAGCGUAAUUGAUGUGGUCAUCACCACCGGCAUAGGGUUCAAAUACGGAAUGGACGGUGGAUUCGUCGCUCAGCCACUGAGGAUGCUGGAUCGUCGCUAUGCAGUUCGGACAGACCCGUCACUGAGAAAAGGGACGAGGACCGCGACGGACGACUUGUCAAGCGUGGAAGAUGCCGCGAACGAUCACGACUUGGGCGCCUCUCAAAUUUUCUCUAGCCGGCGUGAUGUGCCGGCAAAAACAGCAGAUAAUAAGUCAAAUUCGCACUUGGCACCUCGCACCAAGAAACAAUCGAACACUGGGCAACAGCGUCGCGGAAGCGCGCCCGCAGGCGUUUGGCCUGAAAACUCACAGAAAACGUCUAUCGAGAAUGAACCGAUGGCGCGGCUCAGACCUUUGAGGAAUAACAAUGAGGAGUCUAAAGAUGUCAACCAGAAAGAGGUUUUGACCCCACUGAUCGAAGAGAAACUCAAAUCGAGAUCAGUAGCUAAGGCCCCUCGACUCACGAGUGAAGCCACCGGCGCGUCCACACCGACAAAGCAGGCGCAAGAUAAUAUUAAAUCGAUGGCUAGAGACCCGCCGUUCAUCAGUCAAGGAACAGCUCAGCCAUCUACCACUAGAACUCGUAGAGACUCUGCAAUCAGUAAAUCUGCCACACCACGACUCGGAGUAGUACCUCUCCCGACGCCAGUAACGCCUUCACCCUUUGACCCGAGUUCCAACAGUCAGCUGUCGACUGUCAGACCUGAUACGACGAAGUCUGCCCAAGAAGUUAAUUCAGUCAGCACCGGGGAAAAGAAAAUGAUGACACCUCUCGGACCGACACGCAGGCCCUAUAAGAGACGGACCAAGCCACAAGACGCCCCCGACGAAGAAUUCCAACCACCUUCGAACCGUAGCACUAGUGUCGCAUCCUCCAAUCGAAGACGCAGCAGCGGCGUCCGAAGCAUUAGUUGUCUUUCGGAUCACCACGCAGGCAAUGACAACAACGAAACAUACCCAGGAUGUUCUGUCGGCUAUUCCUCUCCAGGUCGCUUGCGAGAAGCAGGCAGAGCACGACCCGGUGAAUUUGAGGAGACCCAGCUCGUCGUGGGAAUAAGGUUCAUUGUUCUGUGA